AUAACGAAGCCACGGAACCUUUAUUUUCAUAAUAGGUAUUGAAUGUCCGAUGUUGCUGCCUCCAAUAAAUGGUGGUUUGAGUGGCACCAACUUCUACAUGGACACGGUGGUCUUCACGUGUGACGUAGGAUAUGAUCUGAUCGGAGAUCCCAGUUCCACCUGUCAGGCAGAUCGGUCCUGGAGCAGAAAUGUCCCUUCCUGCAGCGACAUUGAUGAAUGCUUAAACGCAAAUGGUGGCUGUGACCAUGCGUGUACCAACACCGCCGGUUCAUUUUAUUGUUCCUGCGUAGCUGGCUUCACCCUGAACGAAGACAGAUUUUCUUGUGAUGACAUCAAUGAAUGUAACUUUGGAAACGGUGGAUGUCAACAUAAUUGUCACAACGUGAUCGGAAGCUUCCAGUGCUCCUGCAUGAUUGGUUACGAAUUAAGUGCUGAUGGUUUCGCUUGUUGCGUUUGUGUUGCCUAA